ACAACUUGUGGUUGAAACACGUCUAACGUGCAUUGCGGAUGCAAAACUAGACCAAUUUGUAUUCAACAAACCUCCUGAAUUAACGUACUGUUGUCAAUUUGCGACAUGUCGACAGCUAGAGCUGACAAUGGCUAAUCGAAGCUAUAGAUGUUAAUAGUGCUAAGAUGGCUAAAAGCAAGUGUACUUGUGUGGUGUUUUUCAGCAAGUUACGUCACUACCGGGGUGCGUCUUAUCGCUGCCAUUCACUUCCUGCUUCUGCGCUCCGCUUCCCUGGUUUCGCCUGAUCAGCUGCUCGACGAGAGACGGACACAAUGUCACACCAGACGGGCAUUCAAGCGGGCAACGAUGUGAAGGACAUUUUUGCCAGUGCCAAAAGCGGAGACGAGUACCGAGUCUUGAAAAUCGUCAUUGAGGAUGAGCAGCUGACGUUGGCCACCACCAAGAAGGCGUCGAAGAAGUGGGACCAGGAAUAUGAUGCCUUAGUACUGCCCCUGCUGGAGGACUGCGUACCCUGCUACAUUCUCUACCGGCUGGACUCCAGAAACAACCAGGGCUACGAGUGGAUCUUCCUUGCCUGGACUCCAGACCACUCUACUGUGAGAAACAAAAUGCUAUUUGCUGCUACCAGAGCCACACUGAAGAAAGAGUUUGGGGGAGGCCACAUCAAGGAUGAGAUUUUUGCCACCACAAAAGAUGAGCUAAACCUUAGUGGAUACAGGAAAUAUUUGAUCUCGGAGUCAGCUCCGCUGCCCUUCACUGCUGCUGAGGAGGAGCUGAGACAGAUUAAAUUACACGAGCUCUCUUCUGUGCAUCUACGGGGUGUUCAGGUUCAGACUGAUAUUAGCGUGGACACCAAGCACCAGACCCUCCAAGGCGUGGCCUUCCCCAUUCACCAAGCUGCCGUCGCAGCACUGGAGCGCUUCAGGGACAAGGAAAUCAACUACGUGCAACUGCGAGUGGAGGCUGAACAGGAGCUGAUCUGCUUGUGCAGCACUGAGCCAACAGAGCUGAAAGACCUGCCGUUGAGGAUCCCCAAAGAUGCCCCGCGCUACCACUUCUUCCUCUACAAGCAUUCUCACGAGGGCGACCGCUUGGAGUCCACGGUCUUUAUUUAUUCCAUGCCGGGAUACAAGUGCAGCAUCCGAGAGAGGAUGCUCUAUUCCAGCUGCAAAAACCCUCUGGUUGACAUGGUGGAGAACCAACUGAAGAUAGAGAUUGAGAAAAAGUUGGAAAUCGACAACGGAGACGACCUGACCAGUGACUUCAUGUACGACGAGGUGCAUCCCAAGCAGCACGCACACAAGCAGGCCUUCGCCAAGCCCAAAGGCCCUCAAGGGAAGCGGGGCGGGCGUCGCAUCACCCGACCCCCCGCCGACGGCCAGGAGGACGAUUAAAUUAGAACUCGGCACCUACACCAUGUGCAUGUUCCAUAGUGGAACAUUCCUGAGAUUGGGGCGAUAAUAUUUGCUUGUUUUAACACAAAAAGAAUUGAGACGACCACCUCACAUUCCCAUCCACAGAGCCAGCUAUGCACGCCGAGGACAACUGAGCAAUGGCACAUUUCAGCAGUUUCCAUUUGUAGCUUGCCAAACGGAAGCCUAUUAAUCUCUGUGAUUACUUUCCCAAUGAAUCAAUGUUGAGCUCCUUCCCCAGAUCUUAGUGUGACUAAUGUGAACUUGCGCCAAUUUGAAAACGACCCCCCUCCAUUUUGUUUUCAGUUCACACACCCAAUUUCCCAACUUGCAUUCCUUAAAUUCUAUCACUUAUUGUGUUUGUGCACAACCUAUAGGUGCUCCGAAAGCAGAGAUGUAAUGAUCCAACCCGUGUCUCCUGAUUUAUUUUAACAGUGCAUUUUAUAUUGAAUUUUUUUGUUUUGAUAUAACUGGUUUACAUGGAGAGAAAAACAAAAUCAUCUGCUGAGAAACUUAUUUUUCUAUGCAAGUGCUGUAAAUGUACAUAAUGUAGCCGUGUGUGUGUGUGUGUGUGUGUGUGUGUGCGUGCUGGUGAUCACGUCGCUGAGGGGCUUCCACUAAAAUGUCAUCCAUCAAAAAUCACGUUCCAUCGACCAUGAUCCCAGAGAGAGAGGGAGGGAGGGAGCCUUGCUACGGAAUAGGAAAGGGAAUAUUUGCGUUGAUCAAAAUGUUGCCACAGCCAUUCGUCUACUGAUGACUUAACAUUAGGCACACUACCAAGCUCACCUCAUGUUCGAAGCUGGGGAUGAAAAUCCUGCAGUAUUCAGUGUCAUUAGAACAAGAGAAGAAAAUCAUGUUUGGUCUUACUUGUUUUCUUACAAAUCUUUUUUCUUUUUAAGAGGAAUAAAAAUAUUUAAAUUGCA